AUCUAGUCAUCGUGACGUCAUCAAGUAAAAAUCUAAGCGGAGAAUUCGAGCUUAAUGACUGCUCUUUCCAACUCCGGAGCGUUGGCGACGAACCCCCAAAUUCUCUCUUCUCCACCCAAUUUCCGGCCGUACAAUUUCAUCAUUAAACUUUCAUUUCCACCACUUCGCGCGAUUAAUCAAAUCGGAAUUGUUUCACGCCGAUUUACAGCGGUAGCCGCAUCUCCAAUGGCGAGUGAAGAGAGUUCAGUACUCAAAGCAGCUGAUUCCGUGCCCGAUUCUUCAAUCAAGCUCUUGUUUGUUGAAAUGGGCGUCGGCUACGAUCAACACGGGCAGGAUAUUACAUCUGCAGCAAUGCGGGCUUGUAGGGAUGCCAUUUCCUCAAACUCUAUUCCCGCUUUCAGAAGAGGGUCGAUACCUGGCGUUUCAUUUGGUGAGAUGAAACUACAGAUUAAAUUGGGAAUUCCUCGACCGCUCCAGCAUUUGUUGGAUAUUGAGAAGGUCAAGUCAGUUUUCCCUUAUGGAACAAUAUCGAAUGUUGAGAUCGUGGAUGGUGGGCUGAUAUGCUCGAGUGGCGUGCAUGUUGAAGAAAUGGGAGAUAAGAACGAUGACUGUUACAUUGUAAAUGCAGCUGUCUAUGUUGGUUAUUAAAGCUUCGAUGGCAAUCAGACUCAUAAGGUUGGCUUCUCUUCCUUCUUGUACCUCUCUUCAAAUAACAUGUUCAAAGAUGGAUCGUUUCUAAUUUACGUGUAAUAUUACGAUUUGAUGAUUUAUCUUUCUCUUAGAAAUUGCUGCUCUCAUCUAUUUCAAUAUAGAUCUACGAUGACAGAUAACUAGAUUAUAUUUUUGUCGUCGUGGUUCA